AUGCCAUCUUCAAAUUGGAACGUCAGUAAUAUCGUCGUCCAAAGCAAAGACUGGACACAAGAAGGAGCUGUGACACCUGUCAAAUCGCAAGGAGGAUGUGGUGCUUGUUGGGCGUUUUCGGCGAUUGCAGCAGUGGAAGGUUUGACAAAAAUUGCCCGGGGAAACCUUGUAUCACUAUCUGAACAGCAGCUUGUAGAUUGCGACAGAGCACAAAACAAAGGCUGUAUGGGUGGAAAAAUGCCAUAUGCUUUCAGCUACAUAGCACAACACGGAGGCAUUUCUUCAGAAGACGCAUACCCUUACCAAAUGAAAGGAGGGCUUUGCCGGCCCAACAUCGAACCCGCCAUGCAGAUCACAGGGUUCUAUAAUGUUCCACAAAAUAAUGAGCGUGCGUUGCUCGAGGCUGUAUCGAGACAGCCCGUCUCGGUGGGAAUUGCCUCGAGGUCAGCCAGUUUCAUACAUUACUUAAGGGGAGUGUACAGUGCACCCGACUGUGGAACCAACACAAACCAUGCAGUGACAUUGGUUGGGUAUGGGACGAGCCCUGAAGGGAUCAAGUAUUGGUUGGCUAAGAAUUCAUGGGGUAAGAGUUGGGGAGAGAAUGGUUACAUUAGACUCCGUAGAGAUGUGGAGUGGCCUCAAGGCAUGUGUGGUCUAGCUCAGUAUGCUUCUUUUCCGAUUGCUUGA